UUAAAACUUGCACAAAUACAUUUUUCCAACUGAAAGAACUGAUUAGAUACUAAAAAAACAACAAAAAAAAAGAAGAGCACAAGAAAGCAAGAGCAAGAAAGAACAAGUGUGAUUGAUAUUUUAAAAAGGUUUUAUUUUGUUUAAAAACGGCCGGCACAAUGCUUAAAGUUGUUGGUGCAUCAUGGCAAAAAACGCGGAUAGGUACCUAUAUACUGAUCGGUGCCGGUUUAUUGGUCAUUGGAGCCUUCUUCAUUGGCUAUAUGGAGCGACCAGAAUAUGAUGGUACUUAUUGUGCAACAGCAUUGUGGAAUCAAAAGGUUGGUUUUCAAAUUGAGAACUGGAAGCAGCAAAACGAUUUGGUUAACAUUCCCAAAGGUGUGGCUAGAAUAUGCUAUAAGGAUUCCGUCUAUGAGAAUGGAUGGGCCCAAAUUGAGGUGGAAACGCAGCGGACGUAUCCCGAUUGGGUUCAGGCCUAUGCAGCAGGCAUUUUGGAAGGCUCAUUGACCUGGAAGAAUAUAUACAAUCAGUGGGCAAACACCAUAUCAUCGUCCUGUGAACGGGAUGAGAGCGCACAGAAAUUCUGCGAAUGGCUACGCGAAUUGUUGACCACAAACUAUGCGAAGCUAAAGAAACAAGCAGAAAUACGAGCAGAACACGAUCAUUAUUGGCAUCAAUUGCAUUUGUUUUUCAAUCAAUUGGAGGGUCUUGAGACCGGUUAUAUACGAGGAGCAUCACGUGCACGUUCCGAUUUGGAGGAGGAGAUACCAUUAAGUGAUUUUCUGUUGAUGAAUGCAGCAGCCGAUAUUCAGGAUUUGAAAAUCUACUAUGAGAACUAUGUACUCAAUGGCAAUAUGACUGUGGCCGAUGGUGGCGAACCAAAGAAUUUCUUUUUGCCCAGUGCCACAAUGUUGACGAAAAUCCUUCGCGGUGAUCAACCGAAAUCGUCAUUGCAAUUGCUAUUUGGUCACAGUACGGCUGGCAGUUAUUCAUCUAUGCUGCGGAUACAGAAGAGAUAUAAAUUCCAUUAUCAUUUCUCACCAAAUCAACGUAGUCAGACGGUGCCCGGUGUGGAUAUAACAUUCACCGGAUAUCCUGGCAUUUUGGGAUCCACCGAUGAUUUCUAUGUGGUCAAGGGUAGACAAGUUCAAUCGAUUGUCGGCGGUGUACAGAUCAAGAAUGAGAAUCUAAAAUUAUGGCAAACGGUCGAUACCAAGGAUAUUGUGCCAUUGGUUGCCCGAGUGAUGGCUGCCAAUCGUAUUUCACAGAAUCGUCGCACUUGGGCCCGUGCAAUGACACGACACCCAUUUACGGGGGCCAAACAAUGGAUAACCGUCGAUUUGAAUAAACUGGGCGAACAGGAUAAUCUCUAUAAUACAUUGGAUAGGGAUGAGAAACACGAUGAUGCCGCCGUUCAAUUGAGUGAUAAGGAUAAGGCUGCCAUUCAGGCUAGACACGAUCAAUUGCAGGGUAUGAUUUGGAUAGCCGAACAAUUGCCAGGACGCAUGCAUAUCAAAGAUGUCACCGAACAUUUUCUACUCUCGAAUACAUCCACCUGGUUGGCGAAGGGUCGUCCCUAUUUCCAGGAGAUACGCGAAGCAAGUCAAUAUGUCGAGACCGAGGAGUCACAACUAACGCCAGCCGAUGAAACACAAUUGACAAAUCUGGAGGCAGUUGAUAAAUAUUUGCGUUCUCAUGGUUUUCGUGGUGAUCUAAUGGGCGAAGAGUCCAUUGCGUAUGGCAACAUUGAUCUGAAAUUGUUCUCCUACAAUGCUCGCUUGGGCAUGAGUGAUUAUCAUGCCUUUGCCGGACCCAUUUUCUUGCGUCUCCAGCAUAACAAUAUGGCGCGUUCGCUGGAGGAUCAAGAGGAUCAACAGGCAUCGUCCAUGGGUGAUGAGCGUUUGAGCGUUGUCAUUGAUGAGGACUCUCAAUCCAAUUUGGCUGAAUUGGAAUUGAUCACCGAACGACGAUCGGUGCGUAAUGAUAUGAAGGCCAUUGCCAUGCGUAAAAUUGGCAGCGGUCCCUUCAAAUGGUCCGAUAUGAGUCAACUCGAACAGGAUCAUGAGGGUCAUCCAGAUGAAUGGAAUUUCGAUCAAGUUUCACCCAAAUGGGCCUGGUGAAAAUUCCACAACAUUUUCUUUAAUGUCUCGUUUAAAAAUUCUCUGUAUGUAUGUGUUUUGCAUGUCUUUGUGUGUGUUCCUAGUACGUAUAUAUAUGUAAAUCAAGAUCCUUUGUCAUCGUCCAUAGAUUUUAGAUAAACGAAAAUCAACUGUGUCAAAUUGCUUGUCUUCCAACAAUUUUCUUGGUUUUUUUUUUCUUUUAGAAAUGUCAAAAUUGUAAUAUAUAUCUAUAACGGUAUUUUUUUACGUAGCAGCAAAUUUUUUUUUAGAA